UAUAACCUCUGUAAGAUGAAACUUUUCCCGCUAAAUUUUAGCGUUUGCCGAGAAUUAACUGUUGUCAGUAGCUUCAGUAGUCAACCACUGUAGUGAAGAGUGAAUUGUUUGAUGGUUAUAAAUUAUGGAAGGCUUUGAUGAUCCAGGAAUAUACUUUUCCGAUAAUUUCUCGGAGCGCACUGAUCAAGUGAACUUAAAAAGUUCUAAGAAAAAGUUUAAAGAGUUCAUACGACAGUUCCACGAGGGAAAUUUUAACCAUAAAUAUAGAGAUGCGUUAAAACGUAAUUAUAAUCUCGGUCAAUACUGGAUCGAGGUAAAUCUUGAAGAUUUGGGUGCAUUUGAUGAAUCUCUUGCUGAGAAGCUGUACAAGCAGCCAACGGAAUAUUUACCAAUUUUUGAAGAAGCCACUAAGGAGGUUGCAGAUGAAUUAACAGCUCCACGACCGGAAGGUGAAGAGAAUGUAGAAGACAUUCAAGUACUGUUAACUUCCGAUGGACAUCCAAGCUCACUUAGAGGCAUGAAACCUGACAUUGUGUCCAAAUUGAUUAAAAUUCCUGGCAUUGUAGUUUCUGCCUCAGGAAUCAGAUCAAAAGCAACAACAAUUGCAAUACAAUGUCGUUCAUGCCGAGUGGUUCAGGCAGGUAUCGCAAUAAAACCAGGACUUGAAGGAUAUGCUUUACCCAGAAAAUGUAACACAGAACAAGCAGGACGUCCAAAAUGUCCAUUAGAUCCAUUCUUCAUCAUGCCAGAUAAAUGCCGCUGUGUUGAUUUUCAAGUUUUAAAAUUACAAGAACUUCCUGAUCAUAUUCCUCAGGGAGAAAUGCCUCGACAUCUUCAAUUAUAUUGCGAACGUUACUUAUGUGAUAGAAUUGUACCAGGAAAUAGAGUCCUGAUUUUAGGAAUAUUCUCAAUUAAGAAAGUUGCUAAAACUGGUGGGCGGUCAGGUGGCAGAGAAAAACCACUUGUUGGCGUUCGUGCACCUUAUAUUCGGGUUGUGGGUAUAUCCAUUGAUGGCCAAAAUACUGGCAGUGGGAUGAAUCCUCCAGUGACAACAGAGGAAGAAGAUAUGUUUCGACAAUUGGGAGCAGAUCCAGACAUUUAUAAUAGAAUAGCGAAAAGCAUAGCACCUAGUAUCUUUGGUGCAUUAGAUAUGAAAAAAGCCUUGGCAUGUAUGUUGUUUGGAGGUUCAAGAAAGAGAAUGCCCGAUGGUCUUUGUAGAAGAGGAGAUAUCAAUGUUCUUAUGUUAGGUGAUCCGGGUACUGCUAAAUCACAGUUACUUAAAUUUGUUGAAAAAGUUGCACCAAUAGCUAUUUAUACUUCUGGAAAAGGUAGCUCCGCGGCUGGUCUCACUGCAUCUGUUACCCGAGACCCUGCAUCUAGAAAUUUUGUGAUGGAGGGUGGAGCUAUGGUUUUGGCAGAUGGUGGCGUAGUUUGCAUAGAUGAGUUUGAUAAAAUGAAAGAAAAUGAUCGAGUGGCUAUACAUGAGGCUAUGGAGCAACAAACAAUUUCUAUAGCGAAAGCAGGUAUUACAACAACAUUGAAUACUCGCUGCUCAGUUUUAGCAGCAGCAAAUUCCAUCUUUGGACGUUGGGACGAUAUUAAAGGAGAAGAAAAUAUAGAUUUUAUGCCCACAAUUCUAUCACGAUUUGACAUGAUAUUUAUUGUGAAAGAUGUACAUGAGCAGAACAGAGAUGUAGCAUUAGCUAAACAUGUUAUGAACAUUCAUGCUAGUGCAGGACAAGUUAUGGAACAGACGGCAGAGGGUGAACUGCCACUGAAUGUUGUUAAAAAAUAUAUUCACUACUGUAGAACGCGAUGUGGUCCAAGGCUAAAUAAGGAAGCGGGUGAAAAAUUACAAAAUCGUUAUGUGAUUAUGCGAAGUGGAACUCGAGAACACGAAAAAGAUUCUGAAAAAAGACUAGCAAUACCAAUCACUGUCCGUCAACUGGAAGCCAUUAUUCGAAUAUCUGAAUCCUUAGCUAAAAUGAGACUCCAACCAUUUGCAACUGAAAGUCAUGUCGACGAAGCUCUUAGACUAUUUCAAGUUUCUACUCUAGAUGCGGCAAUGUCUGGUUCAUUGUCUGGAGCCGAAGGUUUUACUACCGAAGAAGAUCAUGAGAUGUUGACCCAAAUUGAAAAGCAGAUCAAACGGCGUUUUGCAGUCGGAACUCAAGUUUCGGAGCAGAACAUUGUUAAUGAUUUUACAAAACAAAAAUAUCCGGAACGUGCGGUUUAUAAAGUAAUACAUACGAUGAUUCGACGUGGUGAACUGCAACAUCGCAUGCAACGUAAAAUGUUAUACAGACUCUCGUGAAAGACCUGCCAAACCAAAACAGGAUCGCUAUUAAGAUCCAAUACGUAUGUGCCAUCGUCAUUGAUCGCUGGUGCAUAUACAUUUUCAUUUUGGACAAAUGCAAUAGGCAUAUGAAUUAAGUACAUG